CAAAAAGGUCAAAAUGUUUAUAUUAUUUUUGAAAAGGGAGGUGCUGAGAUCUCCUUUACGCCUGAUUGGCCGAACUUGACAGUGAUUGACGUGCAUCCAUGGCAACCGGGCAGCCAAUCUGCCAAGUCCAAUAGGAAAUCAUCGGAGGGGGCUUGACUGUCUUUUUCUCCCCCCUUAAAAAAUACAUCUCGGCUCCAGCUUUAAUUCUUUCGUACUUUCAAUCCCAGCCUACCUUGAAAAAUACAUCGUGGCUCCGGCUUUAAUUUCCCUUGCACCUUCAGCCCUUUGCCCGCCGAAGUUUGCCAAGCCUGAGGAUGCGGUAGCCGGCCCCCACGCAGCAUCGUUCCUCCUCCGCGGCGUUUGGCGUUUGCGUUUUCCACGGCUGGUCAGACGAUUGGUUCGGUAACUUUGGGAUUGCCUUGUUUUUUGGGUGCCUUGGACUGCCUUGGCGCACGGGAACGAAGAAGCGGAGGAGUCGACGCGGAGGAGAGAGAGAGAGGAGAAAGGAGGGGGAGAGAGGGAAACACAGGAGAAGCCUCCAUGUUUCAGCUGCCCAUCUUGAAUUUCAGCCCCCAGCAGGUCGCCGGGGUCUGCGAGACUCUGGAGGAGAGCGGGGACGUCGAGCGCCUCGGCCGCUUCCUCUGGUCGCUGCCCGUCGCGCCAGCGGCCUGCGAGGUCCUCAACAAGAACGAGUCGGUGUUGAGGGCCCGGGCUGUCGUCGCCUUCCACACCGGCAAUUUCCGCGAACUUUACCACAUCCUGGAGAACCACAAGUUCACCAAAGAGUCGCACACAAAGCUGCAGGCGCUGUGGCUCGAAGCGCACUACCAGGAGGCUGAGAAGCUGCGGGGACGCCCGCUGGGGCCGGUGGACAAAUACAGGGUGCGGAAGAAGUUCCCCCUACCCAGAACCAUUUGGGAUGGAGAGCAGAAAACCCACUGCUUCAAGGAGAGAACCCGGCACUUGUUAAGAGAAUGGUAUUUGCAGGAUCCCUACCCGAAUCCCAGUAAAAAGAGGGAGCUUGCACAGGCUACAGGACUUACACCCACACAAGUAGGAAACUGGUUCAAAAAUCGCAGACAAAGAGACAGAGCGGCGGCUGCGAAGAACAGGCUCCAGCAGCAGGUUCUGUCCGGCGGCUCGGUUCGCUCUCUGGCGGACGAGGACGGCACCGUGGACCGCCUGGGGAACUCGUCCAGUCCGGAGGCCAGCCUGUCCAGCAAAGCAGCCGCCUCGGCCAUCUCCAUCACCUCCAGCGACAGUGAAUGUGACAUCUGACGGGCAGAUCGAGGGUGUUGAUGAAUUUAAAGGGGGAUACGACUGAAAGACAAUCUAAUAAAACAAGUCAUAGUGCCUGCGUUGAGUUAUAAAAACACACACACACACACAAACUGAUAUUUGACGGGUGCCAAAACAUGAGGGGAUCUGUGAUCUGCGGCGGACUGCCCGUCCUUAUCCUUUUUAGGCCUACUUUUUUUGUUUUGUUUGCGUUUUACCCACGUGUGGAUAACUGAACUUUAAUAUGGACGAAACAUAUUUGACGGACUAAUAAACCAACGCCCCGAGAUGAAAAGUAAAAUAAAAAAAAACAAGAAGAAGGAAAAAAAAAAAGGGAUGAAGGCAUCCGAGCGCCUAACCUGCUGUUCUCUGUGGGUAUUUCAUGUUGAAAAAGAACUGUGAUAUUUUUACUUUACUUUCAAAGUUUUAUAAAUAAUGUUUAUUUGCCUAUUUAAAAAAAAAAAAACGAUCUGCUCUGUCUCUUCGAAUUUCAUAUUCAUUUGCUUGGUGUUUUUAAUACUUACCUUGUACACAGGUGAACCUGUUGAGCAUGCGCGCUUUAGUGA